UACCGUGCAUUCCGAGAUAAAUAAUCUCAAUGAUAUUCACUAAAUUUCUUUCUAAAAAUGUUGCAAACGUAAUCCCAACAAAAUGACCGAUGACGUCAACGCGACUGAAUCGGUUUCACACUUGUGCUCACUGGCGGCGAACGGAUCGUUGCAAGAAGAUCCACGAACCGCAUCUCUGAGGCGCAUCAGUUAUGGUAUCAUCCUGCCGGGAAUUUGCUGUUUGGGAAUCAUCGGGAAUAUCCUCAACUUGGUGGUUCUCACGAGGAGAAAUAUGCGGGGAACUGCCUACAUUUACAUGAGGGGAUACUCCGCUGCUGCUCUCCUGGCCAUAGUAUUCUGUAUCCCGUUCGCCCUGAGGGUUCUGAUCCACAAGGAAACCGGUCGAUGGAGCAAUUGGCAUCAAGCCUUUUACCACGUUCAUCUCGAACUGUUCUUGGGAAACGCAUGCCUCGGGGUUGGAGUUAUGAUGCUGCUGGCGUUGACGGUCGAGAGAUACGUGAGCGUUUGUCAUCCCGGUCAGCACACCAGGCCGCUCUGCGGUCCGCCACAUCUGACGGUUGUUUUAAUACCGCUAGUCACCUUCGUCGUGUACCUGCCGAGUGUCUUUCGCGGGGAAAUACUAAAGUGUCAGGUGGCACCUGCCGGUCCGCUGAUUUACCAAAAACGAGACAAUUUACUCUUCCUGAAUCCCGUUUUUUAUCAGGUCUACAAGGUAGUUCUUGAGGUGGUAUUCAAGGUCGCCCCGACGAUUUUACUCGCUGGGCUGAAUCUUCGGAUCAUGAUAGUGUACAGAAAAUCCUGCGAGCGGCGUAGACGAAUGACGUUGUCCAGAACCGUCAGCAACGACGAAGACCCGAGAACUUUCGCCGAAGAGAGACGGCUCGUAUUACUUUUGGGAAGCACAAGCAUACUUUUUCUCGUAUGCGUUACUCCCAUGGUUAUACUAAACGUAACGCUGAGUGAGAGCAACUUGAUCCUCUACCCAUACCAGGUGUUCCGAGCACUGGCCAAUCUCCUCGAGGUGAUAAAUUAUUCCAUCACCUUUUACAUCUACUGCCUGUUUUCCGAGGACUUUCGAAACACUCUGAUACGAACUCUGCAAUGGCCUUGGGGCCCUACAGGGAGAAACGCACGAGGUGUCCCCAUGAAGCAUUCCCCCCUGCCAAGGCCCACGACGACAACGACGCCGCCGACGACGGCGGUCGCAACCCCUGGUCACGUCGCACGGGCCAGUGUCUAGCGUUCUCAAGUCUGAACGCAUUCAUCGUUUCACCAUAUUUUAUUUCUUUGGGCAUUAUGCAGUGGUCGUCGGAUUUUUUUUCCCCUA